UUUGUCACUUGAGGCAGAACCCACCUGAAGACAGCCAAGAUGAAAGUCAAAGACAUGACAUUCAAGGAGGGGCAGGAGUUCAAGAUCCGCAUCAAGCCCAAGGACGACUGCUGCUCCUUUGCCAUCAACAUCGGUCAUGACUCUGACAACAUCGCCCUGCACUUCAACCCUCGUUUCGACAGCGGCGGUGACUACAACACCAUCGUCUUCAACUCCUUAUCAGGGGGAUGCUGGGGUGACGAGCAGCGUGAGGAAAACUUCCCCUUCCAACGUGGGGAGGAGUGCAAGUUUUACAUCAACUUCAACAACGAGCAGUUUUACAUCAAGCUUCCUGACGGCUGCAUGGUGAACUUCCCCAACCGAAUGGGAGACGUGAAGUACAAGUACUUCGAUGUCAGCGGUGAGGCGAGGAUCGUCGGCAUCAAGAUCAAGUAGAGGGUGAACUCUUGUUGACUCUUUAACCUGUCCGCCUUUUCUUCGUUGCUGAAAUAGUCUGUUUUACAUUACUGAGCCCAGGCCUGAUUAUUCAUCUUUUCUUCUGGUAUAAACCAACAAGGAGCAAUGAUGUUGUAAUAAGAGAAAACGGCCUAAAGAUGGAGCCACAGCACAUCUUGUGUCUGUCUGUGAUCUUAGCAUUCACUGAGUUUCUGA